GAGAGUUUUGAUAAUGGCGUGGCCGUGGCGGGGGGCAUCGGCUCUCUGCCCGAGUCCAGCAUCAGAAAACCACCUGUAAACAUCGGCGAGGAGCUUUUCAACGAUUGAAUAAAGUAAUUUAACGGACGUUAUAAUGUAACCGGGCGGAGUAAAUCUCCCCUGCUCUACAAACUCUGUCAAACUAUUGGAUUUUCGCUGGAAGCGCUUUGCCAUGUCGUUACUGUGUGUCAGAGUAAAGAAAGCCAAGCUCCAAGGACCUCCAGACAAGUUCAACACCUACGUGACGCUGAAAGUGCAGAAUGUCAAAAGCACAACUAUCACUGUGCGGGGGGACCAGCCCUGCUGGGAACAGGAUUUUAUGUUUGAGAUCAACCGGCUGGACCUCGGCCUUAUUGUUGAGGUGUGGAACAAAGGCCUCAUCUGGGACACCAUGGUGGGGACCGCCUGGAUUCCUCUGAAGAGUGUCCGCCAGUCGGAGGAGGAGGGCUCAGGUGAGUGGAUUUUCCUGGAUGCAGAGGUUCUGAUGAAAGCAGAUGAGAUAUAUGGCACCAAGAACCCAACACCUCACCGAGUCCUGCUGGAUACUCGCUUCGAGCUGCCUUUUGACAUCCCAGAUGAUGAGGCACAAUACUGGACAGGCAAGCUGGAACGCAUCAAUACCAUGAGAAUCCAUGAUGAGUACCCUCUUCAGGAUGACGUUCAGAGUCGCCCACUUCCAUUUGCGGCUUCCCAGUGCUCUCUAGAUGACCAGGACAGUGCUGUAGAUGACCGGGACAGUGAUUACCGCAGUGAGACGAGUAACAGCCUGCCUCCGCGUUACCACACAACGGCUCAGCCCAACUCCUCCAUGCACCAGUACCCCAUGGGGCCUCGGAUGCAGCACCACCCGGACUCUUGCACAGACUCUGUCCACAGUUUUGACCUGGACUACAGGGACCAGAGAGGAAGCAGUCCAGUGGAAAGUAGUCGUUUUGGGUCAUCAGGAAACCUGAGCCAGACCAGCUCCCAGCUUAGUGAGACAGGCCAGGAGAGCACUGGAGGCUCAGAAUUGGAGGAGUCAUUCCACUCCUACCACAGUACUGGCUUUCACCCCUCCACCAAUGGACAGUCGCGCACAAACGGACAUCUUCCCACCAAUGGACACUCUACGGUUGGUGAGCAGGAGAUACAUAGGCUGUCCCCUGAAGUAGGACGGAGUCUGAAAAAUGACACCCCAGCAGGGAGAGGGUCCUCUAAACUUCUAAGGUUCCAUGAUGACGGGCCGCCAUUACCCUUUUCCCCAUCCCGCGUUCGAUGGUUGAAGGCUAUCAACAAAGUCAGGGUUCAGCUCCGGGAGGUUCGAGAUGAAGAACCCAAUGCCAGACAGGCCUGGGUCAAACCAGGUGGCGGAUCGGGUCUGUAUGGAAUUGACAGCAUGCCAGACCUGCGUAAAAAGAAGCCUAUCCCCUUGGUCAGCGAUGUGGCUAUGUCCCUCGUCCAAGCCAGGAAGGCGGGGAUCGCAUCUGCUAUGGCUGCACGGUCCUCAAUCAAGGAUGAGGAGCUGAAAAACCAUGUGUACAAGAAGACCCUGCAGGCUCUCAUCUACCCCAUAUCUUGCACUACACCGCAUAACUUUGAAGUGUGGACCGCCACUACGCCCACAUACUGCUAUGAGUGUGAGGGGCUUCUGUGGGGGAUUGCUCGCCAAGGCAUGCGUUGCUCCGAGUGUGGCGUCAAGUGCCAUGAGAAGUGCCAAGAGCUGCUGAAUGCUGACUGUCUGCAGCGUGCUGCGGAGAAGAGCUCUAAGCAUGGAGCUGAAGACAGGACUCAGAAUAUCAUCAUGGCCAUGAAGGACAGGAUGAAGAUCCGGGAAAGGAACAAGCCAGAAAUCUUUGAACUUAUCAGGGAAGUGUUUGUCAUCAGCAAAGCCAUCCACGCGCAGCAGAUGAAGACCAUUAAACAGAGCGUACUGGACGGGACCUCAAAGUGGUCAGCCAAGAUCACCAUCACAGUCGUGUGUGCCCAAGGACUCCAAGCAAAGGACAAGACAGGAUCCAGUGAUCCAUAUGUCACUGUGCAGGUGGGCAAGACCAAGAAGAGAACCAAGACCAUUUAUGGCAACCUGAAUCCUGUCUGGGAGGAGAAGUUCCACUUUGAGUGCCACAAUUCCUCUGACCGAAUCAAAGUGCGUGUGUGGGAUGAGGAUGAUGACAUCAAGUCGAGGGUGAAGCAGCGUCUCAAGAGGGAAUCUGAUGAUUUCCUCGGCCAGAGUAUUAUUGAAGUUCGAACGCUGAGUGGAGAAAUGGACGUCUGGUACAACCUGGAGAAGAGGACAGACAAGUCAGCUGUGUCAGGUGCCAUCCGCCUCCAAAUCAACGUGGAGAUCAAGGGAGAGGAGAAAGUGGCUCCAUAUCAUGUGCAGUACACAUGUUUGCAUGAGAACCUGUUCCACCAUUCGACUGACGUGCUUGGCCAAGGUGCGGUGAAAAUCCCAGAGGCUCGUGGAGACGAUGCGUGGAAAGUCUACUACGAUGAUGUAGCGCAGGAAAUAGUGGACGAGUUUGCCAUGCGCUACGGCAUUGAGUCCAUCUAUCAGGCCAUGACGCACUUUGCAUGUCUGUCGUCUAAGUACAUGUAUCCCGGGGUCCCUGCAGUGAUGAGCACCCUGCUGGCCAAUAUCAAUGCCUUCUACGCCCACACAACCGCCUCCACCAAUGUGUCCGCCUCCGACCGCUUUGCUGCCUCCAAUUUUGGGAAAGAACGCUUUGUCAAGCUCUUAGACCAGUUACACAACUCCUUGCGCAUUGACCUCUCAACAUACAGGAACCACUUCCCUGCCAGCGACAAGGAUCGUCUGCAGGAUUUGAAAUCCACUGUGGAUCUUCUAACCAGCAUCACCUUCUUCAGGAUGAAGGUCCAGGAGUUACAGUCUCCACCCAGAGCCAGCCAGGUUGUGAGGGACUGUGUCAAGGCCUGUCUGAACUCGACGUAUGACUACAUCUUCAAUAACUGCCACGAGCUGUACAACAGACAGUACCAACCUGUGGAUACAAACAAGGAGGAGCUCCCCUUGGAGGAGCAGGGUCCGAGCAUCAAGAACUUGGACUUCUGGCCCAAGCUCAUCAUGCUCAUCGUCUCCAUCAUUGAAGAGGACAGAAACUCCUACACACCCGUGCUCAACCAGUUCCCUCAAGAACUAAAUGUAGGGAAGGUGUCAGCAGAGGUCAUGUGGACAUUGUUUGCUCAAGACAUGAAGUAUGCUAUGGAAGAGCACGAGAAGCACAGACUGUGUAAGAGCACCGACUACAUGAACCUGCACUUUAAGGUCAAGUGGCUCUACAAUGAAUAUGUCAAGGAGCUGCCAACAUUUAAGGAUGUUGUUCCUGACUACCCAUCAUGGUUCCUACAAUUUGUGCUGCAGUGGUUGGAUGAAAAUGAGGACGUAUCUGUUGAGUUUAUGCAUGGAGCCCUGGAGAGAGACAAAAAAGAUGGAUUCCAGCAGACGUCUGAGCACGCUCUGUUCUCCUGCUCUGUGGUGGACAUUUUCACCCAGCUCAACCAGAGUUUUGAGAUCAUCAAGAAACUGGAAUGUCCUGACCCUAACGUCAUGGCUCAGUACAGUCGUCGCUUCUCCAAGACAAUUGCCAAAGUUCUUCUGCAGUACAGUGCCAUUCUGACCAAGAGUUUUCCCUCUUACAUUGACAAGGAGAAGAUUCCUUGCGUCCUGAUGAAUAAUGUGCAGCAGCUAAGAAUCCAGCUUGAGAAGAUGUUUGAGUCAAUGGGAGCCAAACAGAUGGACACUGAGGCCAGCGACUUACUGAACGACCUGCAGGUGAAGCUGAACAGCGUGCUGGAUGAGCUCAGCAGUACAUUUGGAAACAGUUUCCAGAGCCGUAUCAACGACUGCAUGCGACAGAUGGCGUCUCUGCUGUACCAGAUCAAAGGGCCACUCAACGCCAACAACAAGAACCAGGUGGAGGGCGACUCUGAUAACAUGCUAAGGCCACUCAUGGAUUUCCUGGAUGGAAAGCUGACACUGUUUGCCACUGUAUGUGAGAAGACUGUACUGAAGCGUGUGCUCAAGGAGCUUUGGAGGAUCGUAAUGAGCAGCCUGGAGAAGACUAUUGUCCUGCCGCAGGGCAACGACACCUUUGGAGCACAGAUCCUCUCAGCUGCAAAAGAACUCGGUCAGCUCUCCAAACUCAAGGAUCACAUGGCAGGGGAGGCUAAAAGCCUGUCUCCCAGGCAGUGUGCUGUCAUGGACGUGGCACUGGACACUAUCAAGCAAUACUUCCACGCAGGAGGCAAUGGGCUGAAGAAAGCAUUCCUGGAGAAGAGUCCUGAGCUGUCCUCCCUCCGCCACGCUCUGUCCCUAUACACUCAAACAACAGACACACUCAUCAAGACCUUUGUCACCACCCAGCAUGCACAAGGCUCGGGCGUGGACAAGCCGAUAGGCGAGGUGUCUGUCCAGAUUGAGCUGUACACUCAUCCUGGGAACGGGGAGCGGAAAGUUACUGUGAAAGUCAUGGGAGCCAGUGAUUUAAAAUGGCAGACGUCCGGCAUGUUCCGGCCCUUCGUGGAGAUCACCAUGAUCGGACCUCACCUGAGCGACAAGAAACGCAAAUUCCAGACCAAAUCUAAGAACAACAGCUGGUCGCCCAAGUUCAAUGAGACCUUCCACUUUGUUCUGGGUAACCAGGAUGGCUUCGAGUGCUACGAGCUGCAAGUCUGCGUCAAAGACUACUGCUUUGGCCGUGCCGACCGAGUGGUGGGUUUGGCUGUGAUACAAUUAAGAGACAUCAUGGAGAAGGGCAACUGCGCCUGCUGGUGCCCGCUGGGACAGCGCAUCCACAUGGACGACACCGGCCUCACCGCCAUGCGAAUCCUCUCCCAGCGCUCCAACGACGACGUUGCCAAGGAGUUUGUGAGGUUGAAAUCAGAAACGCGAUCCGCCGAGGAGGGCAGAUAAGGAGAGCUGGAGACGGAGAGAGAAAGACAGAAAGGAAGGAAGGUCUCCUAAUUUUAGUCUUGUCUAAAAAGCAGGGAAUUCUUUUCCGUAGCUUGCCAUGUGGACUCUUUCUUAGACCUUCGAUGUGUCUUAGCUGCUGUUGACUGUUUGGUGGUGCUUUGCCAAGCUCACUGACUCACUGUCACGUUCACACUCUGGGUUUUUUGGACAAACACUCACUUUCCGUGUUCCUCAAACACUCACGUUAUUGACAGAGCUACUGUAGAGCACGCAACCACGUAGACACCGGCUCACUCAACCUUCACACUCACCAGCUGUUUCACCAAGUUUCCAUUCCUGGCAGUGACCACUCACUCAGUCAUUUAACCUGUCUGUUUUUUUUUUACCCCCUCUCCUCAUCAGCUGGAGUGGGACAGUGUGCACGCCAUAGCCUCAAAGGAACAGAGGAUGCCAGGCCCCGCUGGAGGGCCAACCAAGUUCCUACACCUUCCAAGUGUUGUUGUGCAAGUGCAAUAACCCCACCUAAACCCCCUUCAAACUGUGGCCAUGUGUUUUUCGAUGCCUUACACUCUGCAAACUGUGAAUGUGUGAAGUAAAGAAGUCUUUUGAAUGCCCUGUUCUGUAGCUCCACUGUGAUGGUCUGAGUAAAUGUGAAAAUACUGUAUCGUUUAUCUCAUGAAAGGUCUUGAGCUCAGUGAAUGGAUGACUGGUAGCUAGGAGACAGCCCCAGUCCUAAUCAUGUACAGCUAAUGUUCCAAGAGAAGGUACUAGAAGUAAUAACCCAUGAUUUUGUCCCUUAUUUUAAAGGAUUGAUCAAUUAAAUUUGUGCCUUGUCAUGUUAAGUUUCCAUUCCUGUUUUUUUUUUUCUUACCCGGGAGAAACAACAGUGAUAUGAUCAGUAUAAAACUUUAGAAGUGAAAUUAACAACAGUAUGAUUUAAAUCAAAACCAACAGUGUGGGCAUUCACUGUGUAUGUUCAAGGCGAGUCCUGUUUUGCCCAUAUUUAUUUAUAAGCUCAAUUAACAACUCUUGGCUCAUGUGGCCUAGUGGAACCAUGACAGUGCAGCCAUUUUAUUUAUUUUUUUUAAUACAUAUUUAUUGAUGUAUGUGCUUUUCAAAGCUCGUGAUUUUAAAAUGUUGUUUACUGCUGGGAACAGACGUGUUUGCCAGAACAGUGUGUUGUGAGAAUUUGCACAUUUGUCUGAAUGAGUUGCUCCUGUAGCGUUGUACACGUAAAACAGCAAUUUCUCUACAAGAUGAGUUAAACACCAUCAGAAUAAAGUGACAACCUAGUGUUUGUUAUAGAAGUGGAAACAAAGCUGUUUCCUUGACUAACAUAAGAGAUAUCUUUUGGAGUUUUUCAUUCAUAGAAAAAAAACCUUCAGGUAACAACUUUUUCUUCCUAAAAAACAAAACAAAGAAAACAAUAUCUCAACAUUUGGACCCAAGCUCCUCAGCUGCUGAGUUGAUAAGGAGUCUAGAGUUAUUUAUGGUUUACAUAUAUUUUCGUGCUCUGUUUUCUUCUACUCUUCCUAUGAGUGGCCUUACUUUGGUGAAAAGAAAAAAAACAAACUGAAUAUGUUUUGAACCUUUUUUUUUAAUCCAUGUAUUUCCUUUGGCUCUCAGCAAUGAGUAUAUUGGCCACUUUCUUUUUGCCCACAAUGAUGUCAAAUAAGUUUUCCAAGUGAUCCUCCUUAUCAUUUUUGUACUUUUUAUCUUUGAUUAUAUAGCAAACAUUGUAGGCUUAGUUUUCUUUGCGGUCUGUUAUACUUUUUGUCAUGUUUUGUAAAUAUUUCCCUUAUUCCUCUUUAAUAGUUUGGGAUGAUGUCAAUGAUGCUGUAUUGUAAGAUUUUUAUGGACAGAAAUAAUAUGCAGUGAGGUGUGUGCCAGUGAAUUUGUUCAUAACUGAUGGAGAAAUAUUAAAAUGUUACACUCAGUGAAGGAUGGAUAUUGCUAUGAUGUGAGAAGCUCAGUGUGUGCACAUUUUUAAAACCAGUCACACUAUGUAGAAACCACAAAAUCAGACUCCUCUUUGUUACAGUACACUAAACCCUGUGAAUAAUUUAUGUUACUCGUUUAUGUGGGCAAAUCUUUCAUAGCCAUUCUGUAAUAUACACGUUCCUUUGUGCCAAGUUACAAGUGUUCGCUUUUUUUUUUCUAAUUUCUGUAUUUUGUAAAUUUGUUAACCCUUGCACUAUCACUCAAUCACUGCAAUAGUUAACGAGUCCAGUAUAUCAGUCAAAGUAACUGCAUUUUUGUGGUGUUUUCUUUGUAUUGUCACUAUUCUGAAAUGUUGUCAUCACAUAAACAUUCCAAUUAAUAAAUUUUGUAUAAAGUAUUU